ACUGCGUUGGAGGGGGGAAGGGGAGGCAAGGCGCGCAGCCCAAACCGAGAGCAGCGCACGGUCGCCAGUCGGCCCGCGACGGCGAAACGGAGCGGUGGUGUGACGCAAGCAGGUGGGCGGAGCCGAUCCUCGCACACGACACGACACGACGCUACGCAGGGUCAACCGCCGCGCGACUCGUCGCGAGGUGCGACGACAAGUGCUUACGCCUGUGUUUCUGUGCACGUGUGACAAUCGUGAACCCGUACAUCUAUGUACUAGCGAAUAGGAGAACCUGGUCACUUUUUUCGAUCGUGAGUGAGUGUGUGUGUGCGAGCACGAGUGUGUAUAACAAUUGUGCGGCGAGGGACACAGUGUUCCCGCGACACCAUGUGAUGUGAGAGGUACCUCACCGUACGAAAACGCUCAAGCUCUGUCUCAGUCCCCUCGCCGCUAGCGCGUGGGAGGAGAACAUUUCCUCGGCGCCCAUCAAGGACACGGAUCGCCUCCAUGUCCCACCAGCGCGCUGGCGUCUCACCUGCAGCUCUGACACGAGCGGUCCCGAUCUGCUGAAUCAAAACCUCAUAUAAAAAUCAAAAGCCACUUCCUGAAUUGUCCCGAGCAAUUUGGAGAGUGCCAACUAUAUUGUCACCAGCUGGAUAUGUGGACACGAGGUGGGAAGUCAUUAAAAUUUAAGCUCCCGCUGCAGCGGUGAGAUUGUUGUCCAGUACACGGCCUGUUGGUCCGCUUCCACACCUCUGGAUUGUCGCAACGUGCGUUACGAACAUCUGAACAGCCCCGUGCGUCACUGACGUACAGUGUCCACGGUCCCAAGGGAGGAUUGUCUACGAAGCGGUUCGAGUUCACCAGCACAGCCGACAUGGAUUUUUGCAGGAGUUCCUUCAUUUUCGUACUCAUCGCCCUUAUAUCAGGGCCGGCGUGGGCGGCGCAGGAGGAGUCGCGAGACACGCGCGAGGGCCAGAACGUGACGCUGGAGUGCCGGUACGGCGCGUCGACGGAGCGCUCCGAGCGCACAUACUACUGGACGCGCACGAACCGGCGCGGCCAGGACAACGUGGCCGUGCAACGCACGCCGCUCGACACGCGCUACGCGCUGCACCAGCGGCCCGAGGAGGGCGUCUACGACCUGCUCAUCACCAACUCCAGCUACGAGCUCGACCACGGCCGCUUCGAGUGCCACAUCAAGGAGCCGGGCACGGGCAAGAGCCUGCACCUGCAGGCCUACGAGCUGACCGUGCUGUCGCCGCCGGCGCCGCCGCAGGUGGCUCCCGGUGCCGCCCCCACGCUCACCGAGGGCAAGCCCGCCGAGCUCGCCUGCUCCUCCGUCGGGGGGUCGCCCUCUCCCACCAUCAGAUGGUACCGGGAUGGCAACACGUAUCCUCUGGAGGCGGAAAUCCGACCGUCCAAGUGGAGGGACUCCCCGACCACGGCCGUUCUGUCGCUGACUCCUGCGCGAACUGAUGACGGAGCCGUCUACCGCUGCGUCGUCUGGAAUCGCGCCCUGCCAGAUGGGGCGCGUCUCGACACCAACGUCACCCUUAGCGUUAACUACUUCCCGCGCGUGGAGGUGGGCCCGGAGAACCCGUACCGCGUGGAGCGCGACGGCACGGCCACGCUACGCUGCUCCGUGGACGCGCGACCGCGCGCCACCUCCAUUGAGUGGUCGCGCGAGGGCCGCGUCAUGGCCAGCACCGAGCAGCUGACGGUGUCGCGCGUCACGCUGCAGGACGCAGGCCGCUACACCUGCUCCGCCAGCAACGGGCUCGACCGCCCGGGCCAGGCCGACGUGCUGCUCGAGGUGCUGUACGCGCCCAUGGUAUCCAUCGACAGCGGCGCCGGAGGUACCGUCAGCCACCGCGAGGUCGAGGAGGGCGAGACCGUCAAGAUCAGAUGCAACGUCUCAAGCAAUCCAGCCCCUGUCACGGUUGAGUGGGUACGAGAGGGACACCCUGAAUUUCGUCAGAAUGGUCAUACACUCUUGCUGAGCCGAAUAACAGCUGAGGCUGCUGGUACAUAUACGUGCAGAGCUGUGAAUUACCUCAAUCCAUCAGGACCCCGCAGAGGACGGCUUGAGAAGGUGGGGAAUGCGAGCAUAUCGCUCCUGGUGCGGCACCGACCUGGCCAAGCUUCCAUCUCUCCAGAUCGUCCUGUUGCACAGGAGGGAUCAGGUGUGACCCUGACUUGCUCAACAAAUCCUCCUGGCUGGCCAGUGCCUCAGUACAGGUGGUGGCGUGACGGUGGCGGUAGUGGCAUAGGUGAUAGCGGUGGAAAUGCAGUUACAGUGCUGGCAACAGGCUCGAAGUACAGCAUACCAUCAGCACAACUGUUCUCUGAGGGUCGCUAUAUGUGCCAGGCCACCAACGAAAUGGGACCUGGGGAACCAGCAUCAGUUACACUUGAGGUUUACCAGCCACCAAGAUUUCUUGCCAAACUGCAGCCACACAUAACAAAAAGGGCUGGCGAUGCAGAAUUUAGUGCAGUCUGUAAUGCACAAGGCAAGCCAAGACCUGUAGUUCGAUGGCUGAAAGAUGGGAGAGAGCUGACUCCUGACUCUAGCCUCCUAGAAGUCUCUACUGAUGAAAAUGUUGGUCCACGGGGUGUUGUAACUGUGCAAAGUUCAUUAAGAUUCGUUGGUAGCAAACGACCUGGCGGAAAUACUUUGAUCCCUUCUGAUCGUGGUGUCUACUCCUGUGUGUUUGAAAAUGAAGUAAAGCGUGCUGAAUCCAGCAUGCAUCUUCUCAUCGAACAUGCACCAGUUGUGUUGCACCAGUAUGAUAAGGUUGCAUAUGAUCCUCAAGAGACUGCAGAAGUGGUAUGUCGUGUACAAGCAUAUCCAAGGCCAGAAAUCCAGUGGAGCUAUGGCACUAACACUGCAACUCUCCUACCAAGCAGUCACUAUGAGAUCAACAAUACAGCUGAAGGCCGUGACACUUACACCAGUAUACUUCGUGUGUCAAAAAUACGUAGCUCUGACUACGGAGAUUACUACUGCAGAGUAACGAACAGCCUUGGAUCCAUAAAACCUGCCAUUAGAUUACAGCCGAAAGGAUUACCUGAACACCCAAGAUCAGUGGAAGCCACAGAAAUUGGACCAAAUUAUGUAGUAAUAGGAUGGGAGCCAGGCUUUGAUGGAGGUCUUCAACACACAAAGUUCUACGUGUCAUACCAAAGAUUAUCUGGCAAUGAUGCAGUUUCUAGCAAUUGCCAUACAACUGGUGUCCCUGUGAGAGCAAGUAACAGUGAUGGAUGGCAAGAGAUGGACUGCCACAAAAAUAAUCCUUGCAAUGUGACUGAACUAGAACAGCACCAGACAUACGUUUUCAAAGUGCGUGCUGUCAACAGUAAAGGCCACAGCAAUUACUCAUCAGAAGUGCGUGCAACUACGAAAGUGGAUAAACUUGCUCCACCACAGCAAGUGGGAUUUGACCCAGAAAGUAGAACUCUGUCAGUCCUGACAGCACCAUCAUGCUUACGACUGUUGGGCGUGGUAGAAGCCACGACAGGGGGUGUCGAUUGGCGACCAGUAGAGCGACUGCCAUUAGCUGGUGGUCAGCUGAGUGAAGUUCGACUUGCAUCCCUCGUUUUACCACCUGCUGCAGCAAUCACAACACCUGGAGAAGGCCGGCAGUACAACCGGGGAGGAGCGGAGACUUCUUCCACACCCCGGCCUCGACUGCGUGUCAAGCUCUGCCUUGCUGCAGAACAAGAACACUGUAGUGACUACACUGAAGCUGAGAUUGGGCCAUCAUACAUAAACAAGGCAGGAGCAAUUGCAACACCUACUCUUAUUGCAAUCAUUGUGUCAUGCAUUGUAUUUGUGCUUUUUGUUGGCCUUGUGUUCAUCUUCUGCCGUUGCAAAAAGAAUCAGAAUAAGAAAACAAAAUCAAAAGAUUACGAGAUGGAGUCAUCAACUGUUCGGCCUAGCCUUGUAGCCCAGCAGCCGCCUCCUCCAUACUACCCUCCUUCUGGUAUGGAGAAUAAGGCUCUGGAACAUUCUCUUGAUCUGGCUCUGGAUGACCCCACAAAGAAUCCUGUUUAUGCAUCACAAAAUGGCUAUGGUUACCAUGGAGGGCAGCCAACACAGCAGGCCCACAACAUAAAUGGUGCUGAAUGGGUUAAUAUGGGCUAUAUGGACAACAGCUACUCCAAUUCUAACAAUGGAGGUUCAGUCAACUCACAGGAUUCUUUGUGGCAAAUGAAGAUGGCAGCCCAGGCAAAUAACAACAGUGGAGCUGCUAAUGGUGGCAAUGCUGAACUGCAUCAACGCAUGGGAGACAGGGGGAAUACUUAUGGUUAUGAUCCCCUUACACAUGGAGGUUAUGGGGGUGUUGAUGAUUAUGCACCUUACCCACACGCUUCAGCAACUGAACAUGAAUAUCAUGGACCAAGCAACCCUCCAAGGCCACAGGAUUUCAACAAUGAUCCUUAUGCAGCUGUCCACAAAUCCAAGAAGAGGAUGGAUCAGCACCUCGAUUCUCCAUACCAUGAUGUCAGUGGUCUGCCUGAUCCAUAUAUGGAUCAAAUGGAUUGUGAUGACAGCAAACCACAGCAUAUAUCUCUGUCUUUUGAUGAAAGCCUUGAGAGUGGCUAUUCCACACCAAAUUCCCGCAACAGGAGGGUAAUACGUGAAAUAAUCGUGUGAUAUAAUGUUCAAGAAGUCCAUCCGUGGCCUUCAAACCGUACACUUACAAGAGUCAUAGAAGAGCAAGAGACUUCAAGUCCAUGAUGGGACACAAAUAUGACCUUCCCUUUAUAAGUGAGAGUGCAAAAAUGCAGGCACCCGUAGAGUGCAAAGAGAGAACUAGAGAGAGUAUGAAUGGGAGAGUAAGUGAAUAUAUGUAUGUAUGACAGAGACAGAGGUAGAGGACGGGGAGGGGGUGAGAGACAUGCAACUGGUCAAUAUGAAGAAUUACUGGAAGUGUGAGUCAGAAGAGAUCAAGCAUUACUAAAAUAUUUGCCAGAACAAAUUAUUAAAUUCCACAUGGGGUGCUAUGUUACAAGCUAGCACACCCUGAAGUUCCAUCAUGUAACUGCAUGUGGUACAAAUUAUCAAAUAAUCUUUGUUUCAAAUGUUACCACCAAAGUUAACGAAUUUUAGAAUACUGUUACAAUAUUUCUUUCAUUCCACUUUUAUGUCAUAGUGUGUAUGAAUGAAAUGUGUGCUGUUGUGAUGUCCUUUAAUGUACAUACCUGUAUAAAUUUUUGAAACAGGAAAAUGAGCAAAUACUUGUGCACGUAUGACACAGCUAUGAUUGUUUUCCUUGAAAUCUGAGCUCUUAGGCCCUGGUAGCUGGUUAAGUGUCAGACAAAACUUAUAAUCUGAGACUGAACUGAAUUUUUAAGUCUGUGUGGGUGCUUAUGAGCCUUUAUUAUGAAAUUUCUCAGUCAUAAAUAGCCUCAAUUUGUCUGAAAGACAUAUCAUGUAACUCCAGGGAAUGUGAUGACCUCAUUGAUGAAAUUAAACAAUUGAUGGCUCCAUAUCAUUUCCUGGCAUUCAGAAUGCAACUAAAUAAACUGUUACUGCCUUAGGAUGUUACAGAAAAAAAUGAUGGUUUGAUCAGGAUCAUCGAAGAAAAUAACUGAUUUGUCUUGUGUUUUAACAAGAAGUGCAGAAAGAAGAUAUCUAUUGAAUUGUUGAAGAAGCUUUUUCGUACCAUGAACUGAAAAAUCAGUAAAACAAUUGUAAUUUAUGUGAUGUAUAAACAGCACAAUAUUGAAAGAAGUGUCAUUUUUACUUCCAGUAUUCAAAGUAAUACAACAUAUGCACCUUCUGCGUAUAUCAAUGUUGACACAAAAUACUUAGAAAAGCCAGCUGCUUUAGCAAAUUAUUUAAUAUAAAAGUGCCAUGUAAAAUGUCCAGAUGUAAAUCCUUUUUCACAUCUGUUACCAUUAAUAAUUUGAAACACAAUUUGUCUUGGGACCAUUAUAACAAGUAGAUAUUGCACUGUUGUUUUUCACUUAGGCUUAUCACACAUCUAAUAAUGUAUGAAAUUUGCCACUAUUGUGUGAAUGAUGGAUUGAUCUGAUGCUUACUGCAGUGUCCCUCUGAUGACUAAAAACAUAUAUUGCAAUUUGUUGGUCAUUGUUAUUGGAAAAGUUUAGUCCAGUAACUACGUCUGUGUGGUGAGAGAAUAUAUAUUUACAUCUGUUCAUUUCAUUUGAAACUGACCAAUCUUCUACUCACUUGUCAUUAUAACAAAUGAAUUAUAAGAAUUUUUAUUCAUAUGCAAACAGUUAAAAAAAUUCAAAUGAACUAGUUGCAAAAAUGUCCAUGAAAAUCUCAUUUUUGAAAGAAACAAGAGUGGAUUUUUUUCUUGCAUCAACAGUUCAAAAAUGUAUAAUUGUUUCAUAAUAUCAGAACUCACAGUUAGUUAUGGAAUCAACUUUUUUCAUUUCCAAAAAUAUGAAGAUGACACUUUUUAUUAAAAAUUUCAGUAAACUUUAGUAUUCUGAGCAACACAAAAAUAUUUAGUUUCUCGAGAAAUGCAUGCAUCGAAUACUGAUGGUGGCAAAAAGGAAAUUAAUUGUGAUGCUUUUGUAAUUGCACAGAAUUUGUCUUGACUAAGCCUGUCUGCUAAAAGGUUAAGUUGUGGGAAUAUAAUUUCAGUGGAGUUAUAAGUCAAUGAACUAGAAUCUUAACCUUGCCCUUUAUUGUAUGUAAAUAGAUGUAAAAAAGGAAUGUAUUAGGUUGAAAAUUCUAGAGGUAUGGAGAGGGAACUGUUGUACUUAAGAAAAUAAUAUCACACAUAAAAUAUUUUGGGAACUUUAUAUCUUUUUAGUAAUGGACAGUGACACAUUGCAGUAACAAAUGACUGAAGUUCUUUUCUGUUUCCACAAUAUCAAAUUUUCCAUUGUGAAUAGGAUUUGGAGAGCAGAAAGAUUCUUCUCUGGAUACAAUUUGUCCUGUUCCCAAACAAUUACUGACAAUGAAAAAUUUGAUUCAAAUGGAAAUAAAAGAUAACUUCAUUUCAUGUUUAAUAUUGAAACACUAUUUUUGCAACUCAUUGGGUUUAACAGAAGCUUAUUUUGAUGUGGCAUAAAAUUUGAUACACAGAUUUCUCUUGUGUACAUUUUCGCACCUGUAAACAAAGAAAUGAUGAAUGUGAAGAAAAUUAAGUGUUCAUUUCACUGAUCACUUACUUCCAAAAAUAUGUUUUUUGUCAUGUGAGUUUCCUCAUGAUGUUCAUAUGAUCCAAUAUGGAUAUGAGAAUGAAUAUAUGAGGAAGAUCUUGGACACUAUUCUUUGCAUAUGCAUCACAGUAAAAACUGUAUGUAAUCAUUUGCAUGAAGAAAAAGGAAAAUGAAAACAUCUGUUUCUUGAGUCACAUGAUAUCUGGGAAGCAUAAAUGUGCCUAAUGUCAAUCACCUUCUUAUCUUUUCUUCAUUGUCAGUAUUGUGAAUCAUAAUUUAGAACAUAGCAAGAGUUUAUGGUCCUUUGCUAAUACCAGAAGCACAAGAAGGAAAAUACUGUAGUUUAACUGCAGACUUGGCUGACAACUUAUGAUGAAUUACAUAGUUCAAGCAAAGGGAUUUGCAUGGUAUGUUGUGAAUUGGUUUAGAAAUACACACAAUGCUAGUGGGUUUCAGAUUACAUGUAUGGAAAAUGGAGGAUAUGAAAUAUUCUUCAAAAUAUUUGCAGGUGUCUCUCCACCUUUUCAUCUUGCAACAGUUUCAUAAUGCAUGUAACAUUUAAUCAGAUUUGGGUACAAUGAAAGAUCCAUUGCUAUUUUUAUGAACUGCUUGCAAUGGCUGCUAUUCCUCAUAUGGGCAAGCAACUAUUACUUUUAUAUGUAUUGUGCGUUAAAUAAUAAAUUACAUUUUCAUGGCCUGCAGGAUGGUCACUUUUUUUUAUCAGCCAGGCAAAACUGUUAACAGAAUGAAAUGAUGAGCAAGAGUGGCUUACAUAACAAGUUAAUAAACAGUUGUUAAUUAUUUACUAAAUCUUCUUUAGGAAACUGUCACAUCUUCAAAUGGAACCCAAGACAAAAUCGCAAUGCUAAAGUUUUUUUCUUAUUUAAGCUUGCAGUUCUUAUGUAUGCAAUCACUACUCUUACCUUUCAUAAGUUGUGGAUGUUAAUGUAUGUUUGAGAGAAACAGAUUUAUUCAGCUUUCAGCAUAAGAAAUAAAUGUGCAUUUUGAUUGCUACAUUCACUUGCAUUUAAAAGUCUAGUAUAACUGAAAAUGAGGAAUGGAAGCGGAAAAAUACCCACCGUCCAACUUUGUUUGUAUUAUUUUGCCCCUUUCAGUCUGCUUUUUAGUUAAUGCUCAAUGAAAUUAAAUAAUUUGUAUGAUCUCACCAUUUUCAAAUGGAAUUGUAAGCCUAUAAAAUGUAUAUAUUGGAAACGUGUUUUUGCUAACAGCUCAGAAUAUUUGUUAAAUGAGUGUGCAUUGCAUUUAUCUUUUGUGUAUCCAUACUGUACAUUUUAAUUGGAGGCUCCUUACUUAUUUCAUUUAUCAUAAAAUAAAUUUCAAUGAACUAACAUUUAUAUAAUUCAUCUGUUUGAGCUUGAAUGUGUUCAAUAUUUGAACAAAUGUGUAAAUAAACAUAAGAUUUAUUUUGUACAGAAAUGUUGCAAUAAAUACAUUAUAUGUGUA